GGUGAGGGUGGCAGGGUCCCCGGCAGUCAAAAUGAAGGCUCUGCUAUCUGCCUGCUACGUGCUCUGUCUACUGGCGUGGGCCACUGCAGAUGCAGUGGCCGAGGUGGUCAGUCCCGUGGAGGAUGAGGCUCUGGUCCAGCUGAAGCUGCAGCCGGAGGGGGACCUGUUCCCCUGCGGCUGUGACCCCACAGAGGAGCUGAGCCCCAGCACCUCCAACGACACCCCGGCCCCCGAGAGGGUCUGCCAGCCCUGCAGCUCUGGCCCCAGCCUGGGCGCCGUCCCUGUGGAGCAGGAGGAAGAGGAAGAGGAGGUGGUCAACUCUGCAGAGGAAGCCGCUGCACCUGAAGGGGAUGCCGUGAGUGAGGAGGAAGAGGAGGAGGAGGAGUCUUCUCAAGAGGAAGCUGCGGAGGAGGCAGGAGAGGAGGAAGAGGGAGAGGAGGUGGCUAACGCUGAACCUGCGGAGGAAGAGACCGGAGGGGUAGAGGAAUCUGUAGACGAGGAGGCCGCUGAGGAAGUCUCAAGCGAGGAAACGUCGGAGGCGGAGGAAGAGGCCACUGAAGCAGAGGAGAGUGCUGAGGAGCAGGAGACUGUAGAGGAAGUUGAGGGAGAGACAGCAAGCGAGGAGGCCAUGGAGGGAUCGGAUGAGGAACCAGCCGCUGAAGAGGAGGAGCAAGCAGCAGCAGAGACAGGUGAGGCAGUAGAGGAAGGGACAGAGGAGGAGGAGGCAGGUUCUGAGGAGUCCUCAGAGGAGGCGCCUGAAGAGGAAGAUGCUGCUGAGGACACAGAACCCGAAGCAGAGGAAUUGGUACCCGAGACAGAGCCAGAACCGGCUGCAGAAGAGGCAACAGAAGCAGAAGUAGAAGAUGCAGAACCAGAACUAACAACAGAAGAGGUGGAACCAGAGGCAGAAGCAGUUGCUGAGGAGACAGAACCAGAACCAAAAGCAGAAGAGGUAGAACCAGAACCAGAACUAACAAUGGAAGAGGUGGAACCAGAGCCAGAACCAGUUGCUGAGGAGGCAGAACCAGAGCCAGAACUCGUAGCAGAAGAGGUAGAACCAGAACCAGAGCCAGAACCAGUUGCUGAGGAGGCAGAACCAGAGCCAGAACUCGUAGCAGAAGAGGUAGAACCAGAACCAGAACCAGUUGCUGAGGAGGCAGAACCAGAGCCAGAACUAAUGGCAGAAGAGGUAGAACCAGAGCCAGAACCAGUUGCUGAGGAGGCAGAACCAGAGCCAGAGCCAGUACCAGAGGAACCAGUGGCAGAGGAGGUAGAACCAGAAGUAGUAACAGAGGAGGUAGAACCAGAAUCAGAGCCCACAGUAGAGGAACCAGAAUCAGUGACAGCUGCUGAGGAGGCAGAACCAGAGCCUGUAGUGGAGGAGGUGGCUGUUGAGGAGGCAGUGGUAGAGGAGGUGGCAGCUGAGGUUGUGGUGGAAGAAUCUGCUCCAGUGGAGAAGGCUCCAGAGGCACCUGUGAAGACACCUGCAAAGGGGACAGCAGAGGCAAAAGCCCCAGCGGGUCCUGAGCCAAGAGACAGGGCUCACAUUGAUGACACUCUCCGUCUCAGUACUGAGCCCUCAGAGGAGUAUACUGCGACCCUAAAGAAGCUGAAGCAUAUCUACCACUCUGCCAUCAAGCCCAUGGAGCAGGCUUACAAGUACAACGAGCUCCGGCAGCACGAAGUCUCAGAUGCUGAAAUCGCUGCCAAGCCCUUGAUGUUGUUCCUGGGUCCCUGGAGCGUGGGCAAGUCCUCCAUGAUUAACUACCUGCUGGGUCUGGAGGACACUUCCCAAAAGCUUUACACAGGCGCGGAGCCCACCACCUCUGAGUACACAGUGGUUAUGCACGGAGAGAAAGUACGCACCGUGGAGGGCAUCGUCAUGGCAGCGGACAGCUCGCGGUCCUUCACGCCCCUGGAGAAGUUCGGCCAGGGCUUCCUGGAGAAGCUGGUGGGCAUCGAAAUGCCUCACAAGCUCCUGGAGCGAGUCACAUUUGUGGACACGCCCGGCGUCAUCGAGAACCGCAAGCAGCAGGAGAGAGGUUACCCUUACAACGAUGUGUGCCAGUGGUUCAUCGACCGCGCUGACCUGAUCUUCAUGGUGUUCGACCCCACCAAGCUGGACGUGGGCCUGGAGCUAGAGAUGCUCUUCCGCCAGAUGAAGGGCCGUGAGUCCCAGAUCCGCCUCAUCCUCAACAAGGCCGACAGCCUGUCCACGCAGGACCUCAUGCGCGUCUACGGAGCCCUCUUCUGGAGCAUGGCGCCGCUCAUCAACGUGACCGAGCCGCCACGCGUCUACGUCAGCUCCUUCUGGGGCCAGGACUACGCGUCCGACUCGGCCUUCGACCUGUUCCGCCGCGAGGAGGUCUCCCUUAUGGAGGACCUCAACCAAGUGAUCGAGAACCAGCUGGAGAACAAGAUCGCCUUCAUCCGCCAGCACGCCAUCCGUGUGCGCGUGCACGCGCUCCUCGUUGACCGCUACCUGCAGGCGUACCACGAGAAGCUGGGCUGGUUCAGCGACCCGCACGAGGUCUUCGCCGACAUCGUCGCCGACCCCGACCGCUACUACAUCUUCAAGGCCGUGCUGGCCAAGACCAACGUCAGCAAGUUCGACCUGCCCGACCCCGAGCUCUACCGCGACUUCUUCGGCGUCAACCCGCCGGGCAACUUCAAGCAGCUGGCGCAGCACUGCAGCUGGAUGGGCGGCUGCCUGAUGGAGAAGAUUGAGCGCGCCAUCACCGACGAGCUGCCCGCGCUGCUCAGCGGCCUCGGCGACAAGAAGGACGCGCCCGCGGCCAAGGCACCGCCCGCCGCAGAAGGCACCUGCUCGGGGUCCGACUGCCCGGAGAAGCCCAAGAACCGCUGGCGAAGGCAGUAAGAGGAUGGAUGGAAGGAUGGAAGGAUGGAUGGAUGGAAGGCACAGACAAGGAGAAGAGGAGAGGCAGAAAAGAGGAGAGGAGAGAGUGAUUGGUUAAUAGGGGACUGAUAAUGGCACUGCACCAAAACAAAUUAACGAGUGAAUGUAUGAACAUGUGAAUGAGUGAGUGAAUGAAUGAAUGAAUGAAUUUGUAUGUAAUGAGUGGCUGAUGUAUAGUGCCCAAUGCUAUGCGUGAAUGGAUUGCUGAGUGGGUGCUCUAACUGAGGUGAAUUAAAGAGAGAGUGAAGCUGGCUGAGUCAAGCCCAGCAGAGUACAAAGCUACAGUGUUGUAGAAGUUGAGCUGGAGGGAAGUAGAGGGAUAAAAAUGUUACAUUAAAAAGAGACUGUCGACAACUGCAAUCCACUGAGUUGUGUGUUAACAUGAUGAGAAGGCAUUUUAGUUUUUGUUUUGUUUGAAUAUUUUCUCUUUUAUUUAUUUCCGUUUAACUGUUAGACGUGGCAUGUUGGCCGAUGCACUAGUCUAAACAUUUCAGGACAUUCUUCCUAAACAGUUUUCCCUUGAAACAGCUGCCUUGUGAAUACACAUUUGUACUGAUUCUUUGGAGUAGAGGACCUGUGGGUCUGCAUGAUAUCUGCUAAUUUUGUGACAUUAAAGUUAUUUUAUUUCCUUGUU